UGCAGUCGCAAGUGCGGCAACGAGUCCUGCGAAUUCCUCGCCCACCUGGAGUUUAAUGAGAGGACCCGCGGUGGUGGCAUUCCCCGUAUGCCAAUUCUCGUCUCUGAUCUGGGUGCAGAUGGCGUGAAGUCCAGUCUGGCGCGUAUCGUACUGCCCGUGGGCACACCGGAGUUGUCGGCCCUGCUUAACAAGAAGAUGACCUUUAGCUCGGUGGAGUCGCGCGCCCUACUGUCUGUUAGCUGCAAGAAAAACAACCACUUCUUUCCAGUCUAA